AUGCAACUACAAGAGGAACAAGGGCAAGGGGGAAACAAAACACCCGAACCGACAACCAAAACAGAGAUGGAAAAACGUAUUGGAGAGGGGACAUACCUAACCGCGAAGACACCGUGGGACAGCGACCGUGGCGCAAACGGCAGGGGGCAGGUGACUAGCGAAACGGAGAGUCGACGGGACAGACAGCGGAGGCUUGAAGCUCCAGGGACACCGCGAGAGCCAGAGGAGGGCCCAGAAGGACCGCUGACAGCGGGGAAACAGCAGGCCAGGCAAUGA